AUGAUUCAAUUAGCAGAUUCGAUAUUCAAAACCAAUUCUUAUUUGUCUAAUCUUCCCGCCAACACGAGUACCACAAACAAACACGGGUACAAAGGAGGCCUGGCUUUACAGUUGAAUGGGCAGCGACCCCGGGUGGAUCGGUUCAUAGCACCGAGGGAGCAGUUUCCUGAGCUCAGCAGGAAGAUGCGAUGGGGUGCCAGGGAGAAGGUGCCUGAUGACGUGUGGUAUACAAAAUACAUGCAACAGAAGAAAUACGCGAGUUACUUAGACGAAGCGUUUGGCCUGGAGCCGACGAGACCAGAAAUGCCCCUGGGUGAGGAGAACUCGGGCCGGCUGUGGCCGUGUGUCCCGAGGAAGAGGAGCUACCUGUCUUCUGCUGACAGCAUCCUGGAUCUGCCUACUUAUAGCUAUGCUGCUUUUCCCGAGCUACUAGACUGGUCGAACGACAACAUUCUGGUGGCAGCCCUGGGCAGGAACUACCACAAGUGGUCCUGGCGCACGCAGAGCCUCAUCAGCCAGGGUUACACUGACUACAACAUCCACUGCUGCAAGUUCGACCCUCAGGGGAAACUGCUCAUUGUGGGCACAGAUUGCAGGACUGUGGAAGUUCACAACACUGUACGAAGCAAGUGCAUCGGGGUGAACUACUGCCAGAGCAUAGAGGAGGGACCGCCUUGUUCCGUCACAGCCAUGGACUGGAGCCCUACUGGCAACUCUUUUGUUAUAGGGUGUUCCCAAGGCGUGUUAACCACGUUCACCCGUUCAGCCAAGGUGAUCACGUACCGCCACGUGCAUAGCAGCGCGAUCCUCAUAGUGCGCGUGUCUCCUGACGCGCGCUACGUCACCGCUACUGCUGUCAAUGAUGACGAUGUCCUCGUCUUCACCUGGCCUGAACUCCAGGCCUUCUUGAGCUUGAAGUCCGAUUGGACCAUUAAGGCAUUAAACUGGCACCCGUGGCGCAGUGCACUGCUCGGCAUCGGCGCGGUCUCAUCUGACUCGAGCGCAUGCGUGGCGGUGUGGGAGGCGCCCACUGGCAAGCUGCGCAAAAGGACGCUGGAGAGGAAGCACUACAGUCUGGAUGCUAUGUUGUUCAGCAAGAGGACCGGCGAGCUGGUGCUCAGCCUGUGGAAUACAGACAGGGAGUCAACGACCCCGAAGACAUGCUCUCAGCUGGUAGUGAUGAGCGACUCGGACUCGGUGGUGGACCAGUGGGGCGAGGGCCGGAUGGGACUCGACCGCGUGCGGACCAUGGUGUUCAGCCCGGACGGGACUAAACUUGCAACAGCAACAGCUGACGAAGACCUGAUCAUCUGGAACUUCCUCCCCGAAGACAAGAGGAAACGCAAGACGUCGUGCAAGCGCUUCAGUGCGCUGCCCGUGUAUCUAGACAAAGUGACGCAGGGCACCUCCUUCCGAUAGUCCGAGUUCAAUUGUAUUAAGUUAUUGCAGAGUUUUAUGUGAAUUUGUUUAUAUGCUAAUAGAUUUUAUUAUUUCA